AUGCUUUCAGUGAAAUCGCCUGCUUGUCAAAUGGAAAACCACAGAAAUCAAGAUGCAUUUGUUGACAACAAACAUGACACCUAUACCUGGAUAGCUGGCCUGGGUGUGCCGGGCGUUAUGUCCAGCGCUACGCCAUCAGUGUUGAACUUCUCGGUUUUGGAGCCUCACAACAGGAUGGAUGCAGAGCCUUUAUCAUCUGUAACAAGCAACGAACUUCACAACUCACACGGCCAGGAUUUGCGCGACCUUGCACUCGCAACAAGCACCGCAUCAGAGACUGUUGCAGAGCCCGCUGUUACAUCAUCAACCAAGCGAUCGCUCUCUGAACGUGGUGUGAUUGAUGACUGCCACCCUUCAGUCUCGGAUACUUGUCAACCAUCAAAGCGGCCAAAGCUUACCUCGUCUUUAUAUAAAGAAGUUAUUUCGACGCUCCUACUCGACAUGCAAGAGCUGAUCUCGAAGACUCUGGCCAAGUUAGAUGUGGACCAGCCACAUUGCUCAGACGUUCACACUAGUUCUACAUCUGAUACUAUAAUGGUGGCCACCGACGGAGGCAGCGCUAGCAUCAGUAACGAUGAUUCAAGCACUUAUUCCAGACAACCAAAAGGUCGACUCAGAAGGACACGCCGCCGCAAGUGGGAACCUGGGGAAGAUAAACUCCUGCAGGAUCUUAAAUGCUUACAAAAAAUACAUCAUCGUCCGUCGGACCGUGUGAUUGCAGCCAGACUGAACCGCACAGAGAGCGCCGUAAAGCAACAUUGGGAUAUCAUGGAGAAAGAGCGGAGACGUCUARGAGAGACAAGGUAA